UAAGACUUUAGUAAGAGCCAAGAACGACUACUUAAAUGUAAGACUUUUAUGCUUCAAUAGCUUAUUUAGAGAGAGAGAGGGAAAGCUCCACCACCACCUCUGGUUGAAGGUGGCGCUUCACCAAGAACCUAUAUGGUGGUGAAGUGCACACCCUCUGAAGUAUAAACAAAGAGAGAGUAAUAAGAGAGGAAAAGAAAAAAAGAGAGAGAGAGAGAAGAUGGGUCAAGGACUGAGUUGUACGACGAGUAAAGAACAUGAACUCUUCACUGCUGUUCAGUAUGGUGAUAUUGAUAUGGUUAAUGAUUUGUUAGAGAAAGACCCCAAUCUCGUACAUCAUACUACCCUUUAUGAUCGCCACUCAGUUCUUCAUGUUGCUGCUGCUAAUGGCCAGAUCGAGAUUUUAGAUUUUGCCUUGAAUCGAUCUGUGAAGCCAGACGUAUUGAAUCGUUACAAGCAGACUCCGCUUAUGUUGGCUGCAAUGCAUGGGAAGAUCUGCUGUGUGAAAAGGCUUCUUCGAGCUGGAGCAAAUAUAUUGAAGUUCGAUUCCAUCUUUGGAAGAACCUGCUUGCACUAUGCUGCUUAUUAUGGCCAUGCUGAUUGCCUUCAAGCCAUUCUCGCUGCUGCUGAAUCUAGCCCUGUGGCUGUAUCUUGGGGAUACGCAAGGUUUGUGAACAUUAGAGAUGGUAGGGGAGCCACACCGUUGCACUUGGCAUCUCGCCAAAAACGGCCUGAGUGCGUGCAUAUUUUGCUAAACCGUGGUGCUCUUGUCUGUGCUUCAACUGGUGGAUAUGGUUGCCCAGGAAGCACUCCUCUUCAUUUGGCAGCUAGAGGGGGAUCGAUUGAUUGCGUGCGUGCACUGCUGGCGUGGGGUGCGGAUCGUGUUCAAAGAGAUGCAUCUGGGAGGAUACCAUAUGUAGUUGCAUUGAAGCAUAAACAUGGAGCUUCUGCUGCCUUGUUGGAUCCUGCAUCAGCAGAGCCUCUUGUAUGGCCAGCACCUCUAAAAUUCAUCAGUGAGCUUGAUAGGGAUGCAAAGGCUCUGUUAGAACAGGCCCUAUUGGAGGCAAACAGGGUGAGAGAGAAGAAUAUCCUCAAGCAUACUGCAUACUCGCUUCCUUCCCCUUCGUAUUCUGAUGUUGGGACAGAUGACAAUACUUCUGAGGCCAGUGAUACAGAGCUAUGCUGCAUAUGCUUUGAGCAAGUAUGUAAUAUUGAAGUUGAAGAUUGUGGCCACCAGAUGUGUGCGCAAUGUACUCUAGCCCUCUGCUGCCACAACAAGCCUAACCCUACGACUGCUUGCUUAACGCCUCCAGUUUGCCCCUUUUGCCGAAGCUCCAUUGCUCGUCUGGUGGUUGCAAAAAUCAAGGAUCAGGAUUAUGGUGAUCUUGACAGUGGUGACAUUGGCUCACCAAAACUGAGAAAGUCUAGGAAGUCCUGCAACUUCAGCGAGGGAAGCAGUAGCUUCAAAGGGUUAACUGCAGUGGGUUCGUUUGGUAAGAUGGGUGGCCGGGGCUCUGGUAGAAUUGCUGCUGAUAAUGAGUGGGUUGAUAAGCCUUGAUACUUCAAAGCAUUUGAUAAUCAAAGAUUCCAUUUGGUGAUCAAGAAUCCCCCUUAUUUCUAAUAAGGAAAAAGGGAAAUGACAAAAAUCAAGGAAAGGAAACCCCUUUUGCUAUUGCCUACUGGCCCCAGUUGGUAAAUAUAGAUAGUGGUCCAUUUGCUAUGUAGAUUUGGGAAAUAAGCAAAGGAAAAUGAGUUGCAGGUUCGGGUUGGUAAGUUUGGUAAUGGAUGCUUGGGUCAUAUUGUUGUAAUCUUUAUGAACUUGAGAUUGAAGGAGCCUUUGGUCAUUUUGAGAGUAUGUUAGCUGCCUAAGUUGGUUUAAAACAAAAAAAAAAGAGAAAAAAAAAAAAAGAAUUCUUUAUCUACUUCAAAGUGAAAUUCAACAUUCUUCAAUGGCUGCUUCAAAUACUUGUAUUAUUAAAACCUACUUUAAGUCAAGGAUAUGAAUUGUUUUUGUUUGGGGUUGAGAUUUUGACCCCACCAAGCUUUAAA